AUGCUGUUAGGUAUUGUUGGAAAUGUACACGUACUUUUAGUGUAUUUAUUUCGUAUGAAGAAGGCUACGAGUCACAGAAUUUUCAUCAUAGCUUUGGCAAUACUGGAUUUGACGUCGUGUUUGGUCAGCAUGCCUUUUAUAAUUGCUGACAUGUUUCUAAGGUUGACCUUCAACUCAUCAAUAACUUGUCGGAUAUUUCGGUUCCUUUUGUAUUUCUUUGCUGGAUCGUCGGGAUUUGUACUCCUACCCAUUGCUAUUGACAGAUACCUGAAAACAUGCAGACCAUUCGGCCAGCAAAUAGACCCUCAGAGAGCAAAGAAACUGUGUGCCUUCGUUUUAAUGUUUUGUAUCUUCUCAUUUUGGCCGAUUCCUGUACUGUAUGGCGAGACGACAGUUAUUACACACAACCCAAAUAUUACCGGGGUCAGCUGUUACAUUGACGAUGCAUAUAAGGACACCUUUUACCUUACAUACUGGAAUGGCCUUAUGCUGAUUAUGGCGAUUGUCAUGGUAUUCUGUCUAGUUAUACUUUAUUGUAUGAUUGGUAAAAGUAUACGCCACCAUGUUAAAGCUAAAAACAAAUUGCUUAUAAAGGAAGACAAACAUCUAAAAGUACCUAAAGCUAAAUCAACUUUAGCACAUAGUACGACAAAUGGCAAGAUCGGUAAACGUAAAAAUAUUGACAGGAAUAAUGCAAUUGUACAAGUUGAUUUGAAGGCAUACACUAUUUACAAUGGAAUCAAUACAAAUACCAAUCAUUCUUGUGGAUCAACUCAUAUUGCCGAAAGUGAUACGGAAUUAAGCGUCACUGGUGAAGAGAGUAAAACAGAUUACACAAAUGAAAAUGUGACGCUAAAUAAUAUUAACAUUAUGAUCCCAACUGACAUGGAUUCGCUUAAUGAUACAAACCAUUCAUAUGAAGGCAAUGAACAGGAAAAUCAAAAUAUAGAUAAAAAUAAAGAGGAAAAGAUGGACACACACUCCGAGAAGAAAGCUGUUGAAAAGGAGCAUGAUUCUAAAAACCUUGAAAUCAAUUUAGCACGAAAUCUUGAUCAGACUGUAAACACUGGAAACUCUCUAGAAAGCACAGAAAGCAACGGACAGACUCCCGUUGGCCGCGAAAAUUCCCGCAAGCGCAAAGAAGCUCUACGAAAUUUAAAAAGAUCUAAGAGAACAACACAAAUGUUCUUUGCAAUUACUAUCUUGUAUUUUUUAACAUUCAUACCGCAUCUUAUUCUUCAAGUAAUAACUCUUACCACGGAAAAUUUUGUUUCCAGUUUAUCCUUUGCCUGGCAAACGAUAUAUCACAUAGUGUUUUAUUGCUCGUUCCUAAACAGUACGAUAAACUGCUACGUUUACGGUUUUUUUGACACAAUGUUCAGAGAUGAGCUUAGGAAAAUAUAUUCUUUGAAAUGUUGUAAAAAGCGUAGAGCUCGUUGA